AUGCGCGUAGAUCCGACGGUUGAAGAUCUGGAAGAGCUUGAUGGUGUGACUGCGCCGUUGUAUUUUGGUGAGCCGAUUAGUGAUGAUGAACCCGAGCCUGAACAUGAGCAUCCCACCCCUACUCCGUUCGUCCCCCGCCCAUUACCAGACGCAGAUGGCUCCGGAACCGAGGACGAAGAUGAGAUGAUAAAGACCCAGCGCGGGGACGACACAGAUUCAAACGCAGCCCGAAGGAUCUCUUUCGAGAUACGAUGGACAGUCUCAGGCGUCCGUAAACGGGAACGGGAUAAACUCUCGACCGUCGAAAUGCGGACAGUCUCAGACCCGUCCUGCGCUCCAUGCCGCUGCUCGGUCGCAGCCCCAUCCGUCCCGGUCGAGUGCGAAAUUGAGCAUGAUGAUGUUUCGAGUGCAGGUGUGGGUGCGGGUGGGAGGUCGAUUUCGCAGCCUCAGGUGGCCGGUAGCAAACGUCCUACCGGGUCUGGGUCCGACUCGGAGGACGAGUUUGAGCGCGAAGAGCUGUUGCCUGGCCAAGCGGGCGCCAAGUUCAUCCAAGAAGCUCCGGCACCACGUUCUUCGAAACCUACGGGGAUCUGCCUCAUGCAUAUCAAUCGAAUCGCCGGCCCUUGCGCACGAGGCUCGGGGAGCUCUUCGCCCUCUUGGGGACGCUCUGUCUGGCUCCUACUCGCCGAGGCGAAACCCAAACAGUGUCGGGUCGUGAACAAGAAACGGGAGGCUCAGCAGGCUCACGCGCAGAACCCGUUCCCGCCGACGAGCACGAGUCCGCUCAGUCCCUCUGGUACAGCGUCAGCAAGCGCAAGUGCUUAUCCGAGCCCUACGGCAUUUGAUUAUUCAAAGGAUAAGAUUAGGGGUGUGAAUCUCGGUGGAUGGUUGUUACUUGAACCAUGGAUUACACCGUCCCUAUUCGAAAACACCGGCAACGAGCAAAUCGUCGACGAGUACACGUUCAAUACACUCCAGGACGCAGCGACCGUCCGACGAAUCCUGCGCGAACACUGGGAAACAUGGAUUGUCGAAGACGAUUUUAGAAAGAUUGCCGAAGCAGGGUUAAAUCAUGUCCGUCUUCCGUUCGGGUACUGGUCCGUUCCUAGGCCAGGCAACGAUCCCACGCCGUACAACCCCGAUGCGUGGCCGUACGUGAUGAAAGCCAUCGACUGGGCGCGAAAGUACAACCUGUUCGUGAUCAUGGACAUCCACGGCGCACCGGGCUCGCAAAACGGGUACGACAACUCGGGCCAGCGGAUGAAUAUGCCGCAGUGGCAUACGAGCGCGGCGUACGUGAACCAGACGUUGGACGUGGUUGCGUGGUUGGCCCAGACGUUUGGAGGGCCCGAGUAUGAGAAUUUGGUGACGAUGAUUCAGUUGAUGAACGAGCCGGCAGGGUUCUAUCCUGAAGUUUUGAGUGUGAUGAGAGAUUACUAUCAACGCUCGUAUUGGAUUAUUCGGCCCAUUAGCAAUCACCUGCUCGUCGCGUUGCAUGAUGGGUUUCAGCCCUUGUCUAUCUGGUCGACCAGAACUAACGUCCCAAGCCCCGAAAACACCAUCAUGGACACGCACAUCUACCAGAUUUUCAACGACGCGCAAGUAACCAUGUCUUGGGACGCUAAACUCAAAGCGACUUGUGAUCAAGGAAAUACGCUUGCAAGCUAUACGGCCCGGGAAGACGGGUUCAGGACGUACGUCGGGGAAUGGACAACGAGCUACACGGACUGUGCCAAGUGGCUGAACGGACGGGGUGUCGGUGCUCGAUUGGAUGGGACACGAGCUGGGAGUUCGUUUCUUAGAACUUGUGAGGAUAUUACGGGUACGAUGGACAAAUUUAGUGAAUCCUACAAGACGUGGUUGAGGAGGUACUGGGAUGCUCAAACCAUUGCCUUUGAACGUGGAAACGGGUGGGUGUAUUGGACUUGGAAGACUGAAAUUGCGGAUGAAUGGAGCUAUUCUAAAGGACUUGAGGGUGGAUGGAUACCACAGGAUCCGACCAACCAUAUAUACAAUGCCUGCUAA